CUCGUUCAUUCAGGCGGUAAAUUAGAUUUCUUAUUUUUUUCAUUCAAACAAGACUUUACUGAUGCUUCUGAACCAGCGACAAAGCCUUGUCACAAUCUUGCGUGUCUGCACAAAGAAUGGACUUUCUGAUCAAGGCCGUCAAGUUCACUGCUUUCUUCUCAAGUUGGGAUCGUGCUUAGAUCUGUUCACGAGCAAUUAUCUUAUAGAUAUGUAUAGCAAAUGCAGAGAACCCGUCACCGCUCACAAGGUGUUCGACAAAAUGCCUGAGAGAAACGUUGUUUCAUGGACGGCUCUCAUGAGCGGACACGUACUCAACGGUGAACUCAACGGAUCAUUAUCUCUCUUCAGCAAGAUGGUGCGUCACGGUGUUAGCCCUAACGAGUUCACUCUCUCGACGAAUCUCAAAGCUUGUGGCUUGCUUAAGGCACUUGAAAAGGGAUUGCAGAUACAUGGGUUUUGUUUGAAGAUGGGGUUUGAAACCAUGGUUGAGGUUGGGAACUCUUUGGUUGACAUGUACUCAAAAUGUGGAGGGAUCAAUGAAGCUGAGAGAGUGUUUGGUUCGAUGGUUGAUACUAGUUUGAUAACGUGGAAUGCUAUGAUAGCUGGGUAUGUACAUUCAGGGUAUGGUGGUAGAGCUUUGGAUACGUUUAGGAUGAUGCGAGAAAGACCGGACAAGUUCACUUUGACUAGCUUGUUAAAGGCUUGCAGUAGCAUUGGUAUGAUUCACGGAGGUAAACAGAUUCAUGGGUUUUUGAUCAGGAGUGGGUUUCCUUGUUCAAGCUCAGCAACGAUAACAGGUUCUAUUGUUGAUUUAUAUGUCAAGUGUGGUGAUCUCUUUGGUGCUCGGAAAGCUUUUGAUCAGAUCAAGGAGAAGACAAUGAUCUCAUGGAGCUCACUGAUUCUUGGAUAUGCUCAAGAGGGUGACUUCGUGGAGGCGAUGAGUUUGUUUAGGCAGCUAAGGGAGCUAACCUCUCGGGUAGACAGUUUUGUUCUCUCUGGGAUCAUUGGCGUCUUUGCUGACUUUGCCCUAUUGCGGCAAGGGCAACAAAUGCAAGCGCUUGCUGUUAAACUCCCAUCUGGGUUAGAAACAUCUGUUUCAAACUCGGUGGUGGACAUGUACCUCAAGUGUGGGUUAGUUGACGAGGCUGAGAAAUUUUUUGACGAAAUGCAGUCGAGAGAUGUGAUCUCCUGGACGGUGAUGAUCACUGGCUACGGGAAGCAUGGGCUUGGGAAGAAAGCAGUUAGUGUUUUUAAACAAAUGUUGAGAUACAACAUUGAGCCUGACGAUGUAUGCUACUUAGCUGUACUCUCAGCUUGUAGCCACUCUGGUUUGAUCAAAGAAGGAGAAGAACUUUUCUCGAACUUACUAGAGACGCCUGGGAUCAAACCUAGAGUAGAGCACUACGCGUGCGUUGUUGAUCUAUUAGGACGAGCUGGUCGUUUGAAGGAAGGUAAACAUCUCAUUGACUCAAUGCCUGUGAAACCGAACGUUGGAAUAUGGCAAACACUUCUUAGCGGAUGUAGACUACACGGAGACAUCGAGCUAGGGAAAGAAGUGAGUGAGAUUCUUUUGAGGAUCGAUGGAAACAAUCCUGCGAAUUACGUGAUGGUGUCUAAUCUCUAUGGACAAGCUGGUUACUGGCAGGAGCAUGGGAAGGCAAGAGAGGUUGGGAAGACGAGAGGGUUGAAGAAAGAAGCCGGUAUGAGCUGGGUUGAGAUUGAGAGAGAGGUUUAUUUCUUCCGUAGCGGAGAGGAUUCGCAUCCCCUAACGCCAAGGAUUCAGGAGGCUUUGAGAGAAGUUGAAAGAAGAAUGAGGGAAGAGUUGGGAUAUGUUUAUGGUUUGAAACAAGAGAUGCAUGAUAUAGACGAUGAGUCCAAGGAGGAGAACUUAAGAGCUCACAGUGAGAAGCUAGCGAUUGGUCUGGCGUUGGCGUCAGGGGGGUUGAACCAGGAAGCAAAGACGAUAAGAGUGUUUAAGAACUUGAGGGUAUGCGUAGAUUGUCAUGAGUUCAUCAAGGGGUUGUCUAAGAUAAUGAAGAUAAAGUUUGUUGUGAGAGAUGCUGUUCGGUUUCAUAGUUUUGAAAAUGGUUGUUGUUCCUGUGGAGAUUACUGGUGACUCUUAAGGUUUGAUUACUUCUGCUAAGCAUUGAACUGGGUUUCAUGCUAAUGUCCGAAACUCUAGAGCUACUCAGAAGAGAAAAGAAUGCUUACAAACACACCUCAGAAGGGCAUCUUAGGGUUGCUCCAUGGAAGACUGAGAUUCAUAGAGGUCAGAUGAAGAUAUAUGUCAGAUCACCUUGCUUGAUUUAACACUAAUGUGACUUGUGAGUAUAGCUUAGCUGUGUUGUGUGAUUUGAAUUUGGUCAUCACAUAUUUGUGAGUAGAUUUAUUUUAGAAUCUCGUCGGUCCGUUUACUUCAUCUGCAAGUCUGUGGAUGUUCGAAUGGAUUGGUAUUGUUCUUUGGUUAGUAUCAUUUUGAUUACUCAGUAUGAUACUAAUGUACUUACUUUUUGUGCCCAUAGAAUGUUGUUCUAAUAUC